AUGACCAGCCGGGUAUUCUGCAAUCGCUGCUUCCAGCCGCCCCACAGGACCUCCCGCUUCAGCUUGACCAAUUGUGGCCAUGUUUACUGUGACAUCUGCCUCCACAAAGGUAAAAAGGAUGAGUGCUUGAUUUGUAAAGCUCCAUGUUGUACAGUUUUACUUUCAAAGCAUACUGACUUGAGUAUCCAGGCAUUCUUUAUGGGCAUCGAUGGCCUGUGCACCAAGUACUCAAAAGAAACUUCCCAGAUUUCAGAAUUUCAAGAAAAACACAAGAGGCGAUUGUUAGCCUUCUACAGAGAAAAGAUCUCUAGGUUGGAAGAAUCCCUGAGAAAGGCAAUUCUGCAGAUAGAACAGCUGCAAAGUAUGAAAUCAUCACAACAAACAGCUUUCAACACAAUCAAAAAUUCCAUGUCAAUGCCUUUAGCAAAGCCAACUGGACAUCUUCACCUUCUACCUAGUUCAUCAGACUCAGAAAGGUACAGGUACAUCAAUACUCAGAGUUCACGGAAGUCACUGAACCAGCAUUUGUAA